UCCAGUUCUGUGAGCAUGCGCACUCGGUGUAAACAGGAAGAACCGAGUGGAAACCAGGGCACAUCUACAAUCAAGAGAAGAAAAUGAUCGGACAAAUACGAACGCAAACCUUGUUUUACAUUAUAUAUAAACCAACAUAUGCCACUUAAUGAUAAUCUCGAUUAUAAUUUGUAGAAGCAAUCGCUAACUUUUCGAUAAUUUUGAAAGGCGUGUUGUUCCGUACCUUAGCUAACGUUAAACGCCAGACAGACAGCAGCACGAUUUAUUUCCUGCAGGUAAUGCUCAGCGAGUCUGUGUGCUAAACUACAGACAAACAAAUAACUCGGUGCUCUUAAGUGUUGGGAAUUCGGUGCCUUACACCGAGGCAAAUCUCUAUAACAAUGGUUCAAAAAGAUAAGAUGCUGGAGACGCCUCAAGUUGACGGUGAGCCUAGCCCCAGCCCAGUCUCCGGAGAGGCUUGUGCAGAGGCCCCUGUCCCGGUGGAAGAGUCCGGCAUAGGAGUCGAACCGACGGGCCAAAGAAAAUUCAUCUGCGGAGUCGUGGAAGGCUUCUACGGUCGACCAUGGACAAUGGAACAGAGGAAAGAGUUGUUCAGAAGGCAGCAGAAAUGGGGACUGAACACAUACCUUUAUGCUCCCAAAGAUGAUUACAAACACAGAAUGUUCUGGAGAGAGAUGUACUCAGUGGAAGAAGCAGAACAACUCAUGACUUUAAUUGGUGCUGCUAAGGAGCAUGGGAUAGAGUUCAUCUAUGCCAUUUCCCCCGGGCUGGAUAUCACCUUCUCCAAUCAGAAGGAGGUUACUGCGUUAAAGAGGAAACUCGAUCAGGUUACUCACUUCGGCUGCAAGUCCUUUGCCUUACUUUUUGACGACAUUGACCACAACAUGUGCCCUGCUGACAAAGAGGUGUUCAGCUCAUUUGCACACGCUCAGGUUUCCAUUACAAAUGAAAUCUACCAGUACCUGGGAGAGCCCGAAUCUUUUCUUUUCUGCCCCACAGAGUACUGUGGAACAUUCUGCUACCCAAAUGUCCAUCAGUCCCCAUACCUCCACACAGUAGGAGAGAAGCUACUCCCUGGCAUUGAAGUGCUAUGGACAGGCCCCAAGGUGGUGUCCAAAGAUAUCACAGUGGAGUCAAUCGAGGAGGUGUCAAAGAUCCUAGGAAGAGCCCCUGUGAUCUGGGACAACAUUCACGCAAAUGAUUAUGACCAGAAGAGGCUUUUCUUGGGGCCGUACAAGGGCCGCUCCACAGAGCUCAUCCCCAGACUAAAGGGAGUCCUCACGAACCCUAACUGCGAGUUUGAGUCCAACUUUGUUCCGAUCCACACUCUGGCCACCUGGUACAAGUCUAAUAUGAACGGGGUGCGCAAGGAUGUGGUGAUGACGGAUGGCGAGGACAGCACAGUGUCCAUCCAGAUCAAGUUGGAGAAUGAAGGCAGUGAUGAAGAACUGGAGACAGACAUGCUCUACAGCCCACAGCUUGCUCUCAAACUGGCUCUCACAGAAUGGCUAGGGGACUUUGUUGUGCCUCAUCAAUACAACAGCCGACAGGUGCCUCAGAGUGGAGCCAAAAGCACCGCCAUCGACGUGACAUCCAUGGCUGCUCCCUCGCUCUGCUCUUCCACAACAGUCACGACUGUGUUCCAGCAACCCAUCAUGUCUCCAGCCAUGCCGCCACUCUGUCUGGAUCCACUGUCACACCCCUUGGCAAAAAGACCUCAGGAAAUAGAGGAGGUGGAGGUGGAGAAGAAGGAUUCAGACGAGGAGCCCAUGGAGAUGGUGGUUGAGAAGCUAGAUGAGCUUGAGCAGGAAGUACAAACCGACCCAGAGGAGAAGCAGGUCGGUCCCAUCUUAGCCGAGGACCUGAAACCCAUGGAUACAGACAAGGAGAGUCUGACGGAGUCGAAGUCCCCUGAAGGGUCCAUCCAGGAGGACCUUGGGAGUGAUAUCGCCCCUAUGCAGACAGAUGAUCUGCUCAAACAAGUUCCUCAAGAAUUUGAGUUGUUUUUGCCCGGGCCCGACGAGAAGCCCCUGUUCAGCGCGGAGCCCCUCACACUCGACGACCUUAGCCUGCUGGCAGAGCUCUUCUACCUGCCUUACGAACACGGACCCAAAGCCGUGCAGAUGCUGAAGGAGUUCAACUGGCUGAGAGCCAACAGCAGCGUCGUCAGCGUCAACUGCAAGAGAAAGGAAACGGAAAAGGUCGCAGAAUGGCAAUCAAGGGCCGAGAAGUUUGAGGACAUGUGCUGCUCAGUCAUCCAUAUGUUCACACGGCUGUCCAAUUCAGCAAACCACACCAUCCUAUACGACCUCUACCCGUACAUCUGGGACAUCAAGAGCAUCAUUUCUAUGGUCAAGUCUUUUGUCCAGUGGCUAGAUGGAAGAAUCCACAGUACAAGUUUCUACUGCUAUUGGAUCGACAGUGGCAGAUGGUGUCGUAGUCAGUCCUCAGCACAGUUCCUUAGAGGAGACCAAGAACCCUGGGCCUUUAGGGGAGGUCUAGCAGGAGAGUUCCAGAGAUUGUUGCCAAUAGAAGCGGCAAACGAUCUUUUUUACCAACCUCCACCUUCAAUGCCAACCUCCAAAACCUAUACUAUAAGGCCAUACUUUCCCAAGGAUGAGACUGCGAUUUAUAAAAUCUGUAAAGAAAUGUACUCUGAAGGAAUGGCAGAUGAACCGGUCUCUGAGGAGGAUCCUGACCUCAUAGGAGACAGGUUAGUAGGAGGUCUCCUGUCAUUGAGCUCUGACUACGGGUUUGUGUUGGAGGAUGAUGAAGGGAUCUGCGGAUAUGCUCUUGGCACUGUGGACGUCCAGCCCUUUGUGAAAAAUUGCAAGAUGAGCUGGAUUCCAUUCAUGCAGGAGAAAUACCUCAAACCUGACUGUCAGAAGGACCUCUCAGAGGCAGAGAAAAUGAUGCUGAGUUUCCAUGAAGAAGAAGAGGGUCUUCCAGACUCUUUCCUCUCCAACUUCCCCUCCCUCAUCAAGGUUGACAUUCAUGCCAAGGUCACUGACCCCAGUGUGGCAAAAAGCAUGAUGGGAUGUCUUCUAUCUUCUCUUAAGGCCAAUGGGUCUCUUGGUGCGUUCUGUCAGGUCCGGCAGACUGAUAAGAGAAUGUUGGACUUCUACGGUAAGCUGGGAUGCUUUGAAGUGGCCAAAAUGGAGGGCUUUCCCAAAGACGUCAUCAUUAUGGGACGCAGUCUAUGAAGAAAUGUCCUGCUGAAGUAACAGACUGACAGAGAGGCAGCAAGACUACGUGGCUCAUGCUACCUUCAUGAGAAAAAAAACUUCCAUGAUGAUUUUAUACUUCAUUACCAUUUGGGCAAGCCCUCAUAAAACCUCUUUUUAGGAUUUGUGUACAGAAGCACACCGGUGACACACACAGAUUCCUUGCGCUGCCCUUAAAUGUUACGGCUCUGGUUGAUCAGCUGAUCCGAAGCUAGGCAGAGGAGCUAUCUGUAAUCAGUUGAUUUGAGCCAACAUGGAAGAGUGGCACUCCAGCAAUGAUUGCGGAGUCCCACUUCUCAUAUACCUGCAGGAGGCAGGAAGUGAAAUAACAUAACAUAAGCCUUUUUCUAAUUUAAUCCAAGUAAUCACUACAUGGAUAUUGCCCGCAUUCCCUAAUGCAAAGUGUCUGUAUCUAAAACGGAGGCAGCGUUGUGAAAUGAGGGCGGCCUAUAUCUCAGGUAGUGUCUUACUAUCCCUGCACCGUUUUCCCAGCUUUAAAACAGUAAAGUAACACAGCCGUCAACAUAUGUAGGACACCUUUGCACAGGAUGUGGAGUGUUGUGCAAGAGGUUGCCUUUCAUCAUCACAUCAUGGUAUUUCCAGUUGCUCCACAAUGGAUUUGGAGAAAGAUGCCUUUCAAGUCGUUUGUUUCUAUCAAAAUGAUGGGAAAUGCUAAAUCUGCACACGCAAUAGGUGGGAAAUUGUAAAAUAGUUGGGGUUUAUCGACAGACCCUUCAUGAAAGAUUAUCCCAGACCAGCAAGAGGAGGUAUAUUUGUUGAGGUUGUUAAAGACUCAACCAGGAGUUCCUCUGAAUUCUCUUCAGUGCUGAAAGACAUGGGGAAAGCAAAACAAGAGCUUUCACAGAUUUACAAACUUCAGCCUAAUAAUGUUCAGCACUUAGCUUGUGGCCAUUUUGUUAUAUAAUUCUUUUUGCAUAUUUCCCUUUAAGCUAUUGCCUUUUGGUUCAUUGCCUUUGGAUUUUAGGUUAAUAUCGCAGAAACCAGUGUCUUCUGUUUUAGGCUCUCUAACAUGUAUCAGAUAUAGUAGGGUGAUUUUAGGACAUUGGUAUUGCUCAAAUUCCAGAAAUGUUUACUGUCACUGACAGUCUCAUGUCUCAGAGAUAGUCCUGUUUCAUCAAGUUAUAUCAAAUUCACUGAAGUUAAGUACUUACGUUUGAUGAGAAUUUACUCAACAUUUGUUGAUCGCAGCACCCUGUUGGACCAAAAUUGUAAUAUUCUGAUUCUGAUAUCAACAACAACAAACACACAGUUUAACUGGCACCUAACCCUAACCCUGCAUUGAAAUAAAUUAGUUAAAAUAAGAUCCUAUAGACUUGAAGGUGUUUACCCUCCCACUGUUGUGAAGCUACUCAGUUUUAUUUUUUUAACCACUCAUUUCAAAACUGACUCAAAAGCACUCCUGAAUAGGUUCAAGAGAUAUGCUGUAAAAUUAUCUUUAAUAAUAGACAAUAAUGAAUUUACAGCUUCCAUCCCUCCCCGCUUUGUUUUUUACCCUGCAUACUCCAAAAUGAAUGUCUUAGUGAGCAGUAUGCUGUCACCAAAGCGGCACUGAUUCUCACACUAUUGAGCUUUGGAAUUUGGGAGUCGACGCAGAAAUUCCUAGGCCUUCUUCCUAUCCCUUAAAUGAAUGUUUUAUAUUCUGACUCAUUUCCCAUUUGUUUUUGUAAAUCUUGUGUAGUUUAAAAUAAAAUAAAAAAGCACUUGGAAUAUAGAUAGGGGUGUUCUGUUGGUUUCACAAGGAUCUUCAGUUGCUCUUCAGUAGCUGCCUGCCAAUGUGAUGUUUUGAUACUGCGUACAUUUAUAAUGUGCAUGAGGUGUAUUUGGAUUUGCCGUGGCGGUCAUUAGAAUAACCUCAUGUUGUGCUUCAUGGAGGAAGAAGCAUGCCACUCCCCUCUAUGAGCAUGACACUGUAGUCCGUAGACAGUCUGUAAACACUGUCAAUCAUAAAGUGUUAUUCUUUUGUAUAGCGUUAUUGAAAUGGUGGCUCACUUUCUGUUGUCCUUUAAGGAAACCAAAGUGCUGGCCUUGUUCCAUCGCCCUGUCCUGUACAGCCAUCAGAUGUGACACUCACCAACGGGUCUGCUCUUUGUCUUCUGAAACAGCAGCAGAAUUUCCCCUCUUCUUUUAAAAUGUUUUAUUUUGCAGUCGUUCGAUGCUCGCGCUUUCUUCUCUGCCAUCAGGUUUUGAUAGAAAGGGGCUGUUUUAGGGAAAGGGCUCCUUAUGUACAUUUUGAUUAUCUGAGUUAAGGGUUGGGAGGUUCAUAAAAGUGUCUGUUUACCAAUGUAAUAUUUGUAUGUAAGAUACAUAAGAUUCAGAACUAAUAAACCAUAAUAAGUUC